AUGCGUCACAUGCUUCUUAUCCUGUUCGCACUUGCUGCAGCGUCCAUGGGCAUCAGUCUUCCAGAAAGAAAUCUUGCACAGCGUGACGACAUGCUGAACACUGGUCCCGGCUGCAUCUCUUACACAGAUCCUAGUGCCCUCCUGCAAAACCAAAACACUGUAACCGAACAGUCCUCAGGGGGUAGCCCGGCGCUCAGUAAGCUCGAUUUGACCAACUGUCUCAAUGACUAUGGGUGCGGGAGCUUUUCCAACAGCUGGAAUGGCAAUGUAUGCGGGGGCAGAGGGUGGUUCAAGGGGCCACCUGAUAGUAAGACCAGUAAUUCCGAAUGCUAUCAGGAAUUAGCUCCUUGGGUCCUCCUGAAUGGUAUCGAGGAGGGAAACACCUAUUACAAGGCUAUGUUUGGGAAAGAUUGUUACAUGGGGUACAACGAUCCGGACCCGGGUCCAUCUUCUUAG